AUGGAAAGCAACGAAGCACCAAUCUGUCCCUUAUGUCGACAUGACAAAGUGAAAAUUUGGGCUGCUGGGGAUUGUGCACAUCCGGUAUGUCACUUAUGCUCAACAAAAAUGCGAAUUCUCUGUGAACAAACCUAUUGUGCUAUCUGUCGUCAAGAACUUACUCGAGUUUAUUUCGCUUCAAAUCUUGCUGAAUUACAAACAACAGUUGAUCAGUCUCGUUUUACACCAAUCGAUGAUAUAGGUGAUUGUGGAAUUUAUUAUCCGAUUAAAGCAGAAUGGAUACGACGGGAUGCUGAAAAACUACUACGGAAUUUUUGUCCAUUUUGUCACACGGAAUUCGAAGCGUUUGACGUUCUGCGCGAUCAUGUCAAACGCACGCAUAAUUAUAUCUAUUGUGAUCUAUGUGUGGAACAUUUAAAUCUUUUUCCAUUCGAGAGAAAAUGCUAUACACGCCGUGAUCUCGCCCAACACCUUCGAUACGGUGAUCGAGAUGACACAUCAUUCAAAGGUCAUCCAUUAUGUAAAUUUUGCGAUGAUCAUUUUCUCGAUACUGAUCAACUUUAUAAACAUAUGAGGAAAGAACAUUUCUAUUGUCAUCUGUGUACUUCGGAUAAUGUCUAUUACAGUGAUUUCGAUUUACUCCGUGAUCAUUUCCGUACAAGUCAUUAUUUAUGUGAAAUUGAUCAAUGUAAAGAUGUGCAAUUUACGAAUGCUUUCUCAUCAGAAACAGACUUUCGUGCACAUCAAGCUGCACAGCAUAGCAAAAACCGAGCUCAUGCAAGACAACUAGGCACUCUAGCAGUAGAAUUUCAAUCGAGCAGUGUGCGGGAUCGAAGACAACAGCGCGAUCCAGCACAUCGAGGAGUAUUCAAAAGUGGACACUUCGAUACACAAGGAAAUAGUAAUUCAACAAGAAAUGAACGGGAGGACACCCAGACAGAGCCAGCUGUUGCUGCGGCAGUACCUUCGAUUAAUGAAUUUCCGACGUUGGGCGAUCGCUCAUCGACUCCACAAAAUCUGUCUCAACGAGGUGCCUGGGUGAAUGAUCAACCACGAGGUAUAAACUCAUAUACAGAUUUCCCGACGUUACCAAAUGCAGCUGGAAAUUUAUCAAACACAAGUCAACCUCGAGGUAUUUGGCGAGAGCAACAACCAACUAUAUCAACAACGACAUCAUCAUCAUCAUCAUCAUCGUCCACAGCUCAGAAUACAGCAUCAAAGAAAGUACCACAAUCAAAUAAACAAAUAGCUAAUGGAGAAACAUCUCUAACAACAAAAGAAGACUUUCCAGCGUUACAAGGAGCUGUUAAUACUAGAAUUCCUCCACCUGUCUCAAUGAUUUCUGCGUGGACAAAGGCGAAAAAAUCGACAAAAACUGCCAAUGCGAAAGCCAAUCAACCACAAAUGCGUAUGAAUACCAAUCGUUUACUUAAUGACGAUGAGGAUGAAGAAUACAUCAGACGACCCAUGGCUUCUCUAACAACUAGUACAGCACCUACUGCGUCAUCGAAUAUCACUAUGAUAUCAUCGUCUCAUCUUCCGAAUGCUCAAUCGAGUGAUAAACAGAAUAAAGCAAAAAAUCAAUCGGUACCAAACGCUCAAGAUUUUCCAGCACUAUCUUCGACGAAUACAACACAAAAUAUUGCUAACUCUGGUGUUUGGACAGCUGCCGGAACAAGUUCAUCAUCUCAAGCAUCGUCGACAAAACAGAAAAAGAAGAAUUCAGCGACGAGUAAGAAGAAAUUUAUGGAAGAAUUACAAUCAGAAGCACCAGCAUUAUCUUCGACGGAUGAGUUCCCUGCCAUUGGUCUCAGUGAAUUAGGUCGACGAUUAAUAACUGAAGAAAUUGUUCCAACAACACAAGUCAAAGAAGAAAAACGUCCAUCACCAGUACAACCAUCACCUUCAGCGAAAAAAGACACUUCGUCCACAAAUCAGCCCAAGAAAAAAACACAAAAGUCACCGAAAACAAACGAACCAAUCAAAGAAGAAAUUUCUUUGCCUUCAAAUAAAAAUUCAACAGAACCUAUCAAUAAUCAAGCAUCCUCUCAAAUUGAAUCCACAUCUCAAUCCCAACCAUCUCCUCCAUCUUCUGUUCAACCACCACCUCCACCGCCGCCCGGUUUUUCCGUUCUACCAUCUGUUCCACCUCCGCCCGGUUUUAACUCGAUUCCAACACCUCAAGCACCAACUUAUCACUUUCCAACUUCUUACGCAAAACAAAAAAAUGAUUUCCACAUGAAAUUAUUUGAUUUAUUUGAUGGAGAUAUGAAUCUUCUCAGUGAAUACGAUAAAUUCUGUGACGCAUUUUCUCAAGAGAAAAUCUCCACGGCCGAUUUUCUUACCUACACAAGGCAAUUAUUCAAGGAUAAACUCGAUGAAUAUCUUCUUGAACUAAUUGUUAUCAUUCCAAACAUCGAUCAACAGAACGAACUGUACAAAGUCUGGAAAACUGAUAUCCAUCCAUCAGCAACAGCUAAAUCGAAUUCCAGCGGUUGGACAAACAAGAAAUCCGAUGAAAACAAUAUUUAUAAUUUAACAUUCAAUUUCCAUCUUUACCUGCCGCUGCGCUUCCGCUAG